CUGAUUGGCCGGAUUGUAAAGCGAUGUCUGAGGGCGCCUGGCGGGAGCGGCAGAGCCCCGCGCCCCGGGCCGCCCGCCGCCGCCGAGAUGGAGGUGAGCGUCCUGGCGCUGCGGGACCUGGCGAGCAGCCGGCCGGGGCGGCGGGGCCGCGCCGAGGCGGCCCAGAAGGAAAACAUAUUUGAUCGAUCCAGGAUGGCCCUAAGGACUCCAAUUAAGAAUGAACCAAUUGAUUUGUCAAAGCAAAAAGGCUGCACCCCGGAAAGAAAUCCAAUUACACCUGUUAAGCUCAUUGACAGACCUCAGCCUGAUCCCUGGACCCCCACUGCUAACCUGAAGAUGCUUGUUAGUGCUGCUAGCCCUGACAUGAGGGACAGGGAAAAGAAGAAGGAGCUUUUCAGACAUGUAGAAAACAGUGAGCAGCGUGACACACCUGAUCUGUUACAGUAUGAUAUGGUAGACGACAGCACAGUUGAUGAAUUUGAAAAGCAGAGGCCCAGCAGAAAACAGAAAAGCUUAGGACUCUUGUGCCAAAAGUUUCUAGCUCGCUAUCCAAGUUAUCCGUUGUCAACAGAAAAAACUACUAUUUCUUUGGAUGAAGUGGCUUCAAUUCUUGGAGUUGAGCGGAGACGAAUUUAUGACAUAGUGAAUAUCCUGGAGUCAUUGCAGUUGGUUAGCCGUGUGGCCAAGAACCAGUACUGUUGGCAUGGCUGGCACAACCUCAGUCAAACUCUGAAAAUGCUUCAGGAAGCAGGAGAGCUGCAGUAUAGAGAGCUAAUGACCUUCUUCCAGCAUAAGGAGCAGGACUUGGACUACAGAUCUGGAGUACAGAAAAAGGAAAUUAUUCCAGAUUCUCAAGACAGACCAUUACUGGACUUUUCAGAACCAGACUGCACCUCUGCAUCUGCAAACAGCAGAAAGGACAAGUCAUUGCGGAUUAUGAGCCAAAAGUUUGUCAUGUUGCUCCUUGUCUCCAAGACCAAGAUAGUAACUCUGGACAUCGCAGCAAAGAUACUGAUAGAAGAAACCCAGGAUACAGUGGACCACAGCAAAUUUAAAACAAAGGUACGAAGACUGUAUGAUAUCGCCAAUGUUCUCACCAGCCUAGGCCUCAUCAAGAAAGUUUAUGUCACAGAGGAACGAGGACGCAAACCAGCCUUCAAGUGGAUUGGGCCUGUGGAAUUCCCUGGAAAGACUGAUGAGCUGAGAGGGAAUAGCCCAACAUCUGAUCCUCUGCCAGGGACACAGAGAGAAGCCUGUGCCCUGUAUCAGAUGUGUGCUACUGGAAAGCAGAGGUUUACACGUCACGCUUCAUUUAAUGGCAUGCAGCCUUGUGAAGGGAGCAGAAGGAAGGUCAAAUCUGAUCCCACCAGCCAGCGUCGGGAGAGGCAAGCCUGUAUUGUGAAUUCAGAUGAAUAUUGCUCCAAAAUGAUAAAUCUAGCAGCUGUCCGUAGGCAGAAAAGAGAGGAAGAUGCUAGAAAUAAGGCUUGUGCCACAGAAACGAUAAUAAAUUCAGCAGGAAACCCAAGCAUCAUGUCACCUCUCUCUGUUCUUCCAGUUCUUGGGGACUCUGAUUUUUGUGUUAACCCUUUGCCUCAGGCAGUUUUCCCUGUGGUUCAGGCAGAUGUGCCAAGCCUUUCGCUGCCAGAUGGCAUCAGCAGCCAAGCUCCACAUCCUUCCACACAAGCAGCCUCCAAAACAGAAAAUGGAAAACCUACCCUGCUCCCCCACCAAUCCUUCCUGUGCUUCCCUUCUUCAUCCCUUUUUAUGUUGUGUGGUGGUCUUCAGGAAAAUAACUUGAAGGAGACCCUGCCCACCACAGGAGACAUGGGAAACAGGAGUGCAGAAGCUCAGGCUGCUAUACCUCCAACUGUCUGCCAGAAACGCAGUUCCCACGAGUGCUCAUCGCCCUCUGCACCUGUAGAUGAUGAAGAGCCAGCUGCUAAAAAGCAAACCACGGAGGAGAGUGAUCUGCCCCUCUCACUUGUAGUGCCUAAGAAGCCUUUUGAGUCACUGAAGGCAGACUCUACCCCAGGAAGUGGCUGUACUUCUGCUGUACAUCUAGAAGCUUUUCAUCUUGACCUCACAAGCCCUGCUGCUCCAGAGGCUGCAAACAAGGAGUCUACUAAGCCUUUAGGUUCUGAAGAGCAAGAAGUACUGUAUCAGAAUAAAGACCCUGAUGAACCCUCUCCAGGAAAAGAGCACAUGUCUAAAGAAAAUGCCAGUCAACCUUUCCUACCACAAUAUCUUUAUGUUCAGCCUACUGGAUUAAGCAGUUUUAAUUUCCUGUUCUCCGCAAACCAAGCCCCUGGUGCCAUCAGCCUGACUGCAAACCAGUUGUCUUCUCUGAGCAUGCCCUGCAUUGUGGUGCCAUCAGCAGCCUUGACUUCCUUCCCUCUUGUCUGUUCUCCCACAAUCACCAGUCCUCUUUCCCCGGUUCCUGAUGGCUCCUUCUCCGCUGCUGCCUCUGUGAAUUUCAGUAUGCCCAGCCUGGCAUCAACAACACCUGUUUUCAUAGGCCCCACGGCAGUAGUCGCCCCCAAGGUCUCACCUGCACCUUUGGGGGAUCUCCAGCAACCAGUUCACCCUGCUCUGCACCUGAGUCCUGUGCUUGCAAGAUCUUGCAGUGGUGUUGAACUGGACUCCCCUGUGCGUAUGGGGCAUCCAGUGACCAUUCUGAAGCUGCAGCAGCCUUUGUCAACUCCCCUCACUCCCAAGAGCAUUCGUCCUGCAUGUCAUGAGGCAUUUUUCAAAACUCCUGGAAGUCUUGGAAACCCUGUUGCAUGGAAGAAAAAUGAAGGCAACCAGACCAGAAUUGCCAGCUCUGUGCAGAGGAGGCUGGAAAUCUCUGGUACUAGCCCUGACUAACUCCACUCGGUGCAAAGAGCGGGCAGAUUGUCCUGAGACCCUGUAUCAAUCACAAGAGAACAAGUUCUUACCUGACAUUAUAAUGUCAUCCCUUUUGGCAUGCUUCCCCACUACAUUCACUCACCGGUUCUGUUAACCACCUUCACAAAUCAUCCCUGGUACUGAAAACGUUUUACUGAAUUGUUCCUUCAGUACUGAUUGGAAUUCAGAUGCUGUGCUUCACACGGCCUUGUAGGCAUCAAAUUGUAUUUGUGGUUUUAAUCUGGAAUAUUCUCCUUAUUGCUAUGAGGAGAUGUAAACAGAUUUACCCCAGGGGUUAUUUAUUCAUGGUUUUGAGUAAGAUGUCUAGCACUAACCUGGAGUAAGUAUUUAAGUUAUUUUUUUUAUUGCGUGUACUCUACUUACCCUGAGUAAAUUGGUGGUAAAAAUUAUAAACUUUUGCAGCUGUGAAAGCAACUGCUUCCUUGGUUCCAAUAUGUCAAAUCCUGCCUCUACAGUGCAGCUUCUUGCUAUUUAUUUUGUACAUUGGAGUGGGAUAUAGUACAAAAAAAAAUUUUUUGCCACUUGAGAAUAACAGAUUUUCUCAGGAUAGGAUUACUUGAAUGUCAGUUGGUUGUUGUACAAUUUGCCCAGCACUUGUGGUUAGAAAAACCUAAUAAUAAAACAAAAUGAUUGAAUGUAUACAUGUGAAAAAUAUUAAGACCAAAAUAACUGUGAAUGUUAACAUUUUUAUAAUUGUGUUAAUGAACUGUAUUAGUCCUUGGAGUUUGUCUUUUUUUAACUCUGAGCAAAAUGUACAAGUUAGAUGUAAAGAAUACAAAACCUGAUUCCUUAAUUAAGUUUGACAAAGUAAUUUGAGAGUGACAAGCCACCGAGAGAGCUGUGCUAAGAUUUCAUCUCCCAUUUAAAUAUACAGUCUAGACUUUAUGACCAAGGAACACUGGUAAGUCAUUAACCACAUGACUAGAUUCAGUCUAACCUGAGUCUACUUAAGUGCCUACUUAGCGGUUUACUUAAGUCUACCUAAGGGUAUGUACUUAAAUGCCUGACUCUUAAUUUACAGGAAUUUCUUAACUAGUUAAUAGUGCAUGUGAGCAUACUUGGAAGACAAGGGAGAUCCCAUCUUUUGACACACAUCUAUCUAAAUGAUAAAAAGAAGCUGAAAAGAGCAGGAGCCAUGAAAUUUGGAAGUGGGAAAAAAAUUAUUUGUAUUCCUUAGAAGAUGAAAAGGAAGAAAAGACUUAACACUUAACAUUCAGGGUCCUCAAAUGAUGGUGCUAUUAAUAAUAUAGGACAUAAUUUUUAAGUGUUAAUGCUCUUAUGCUUGGGUAUGUUUUUACUUGUGUAGCAAUCUGCAAUAAAAUUUGUGCAGUUUCCUGUUUGAAAGACAGAAAGUGUUGCUGUCAAUACCACGUGACUCUGAAUUUUUAGCAAACAUAAGGCCAGAAUUAUCAGCUCUUCUCUCAUUAGUACAGGUACUGGUUUUCCAAGAGUAGAUACACUGUUCGAUGUGCAACUCUUGGUCAAGGGAGGCUAGGACUUUGUGUGGGGGUUGGGGAUUUGAUGAGGUUUUUAAUUUUUAUAAGUAAAUAUAUUAUGAAAAUGGAAUUUAAGGAAGAAUUUUAGUGAAGCUGUGAGUUUGAGUAAUGUGGCCUUAUCUUAGAAUAGACCAAUAACAGCCUUUUAAGGAGGGGUGGUUAGCCCUCACUGAAAGAAAAUCUAUAGCAGAAUUAUCAUAGGAAACUUCAGGGUUGGUAAAGAGAAAUCAGACUGCUAAAUUUUAAGGUGGUUUUUUUUUUUCUUUUUAAUUACACUACAGUUGUGAAAGUUUACAACUUUGGCUUCUGAAUCAUGCUUGUAUGCCCAUUUAAAUUAAUUUCACUUUGAAAAGCAAUGUGUAAUUGGCACGGUGCUGACCCUGCACUUCUGCUAGCAUGCAUUUGUUGGAUGGAAACAGGCUGCUAGAGUUCAGGAUGACUCAGUUCUUCAAACCUUGUCUUUUCUAUUCCCCUCUAGUAUGGUGCAGCCUUUUAGUGAAAUGGCAGCUGGGAGCAGAGGAGGAUUAGAGCUAAUACUGGCUGUUCGCUCCUGUUGAAGCAUCAUUGCAAAAAUUGCCUUUUUGUCAGUAAUGUUAUUCUGGGCCAUAACUAACCUAACGAUACUUGAAAAUGCAGGGACUGAAAAUGGAUCUUAAGUUUUUAGUUUCUGCUUCCAGUUUUGAGUUUGUGUAAAUACAGCAGGUCUGGAAAUGAAGAUCAACUCCCUCAUGGUCAAAGCUGUUCAGUGGGUCACGGUUGUGAAAGCAGACUUGGGCCUGGGCAAAGAAGGGGAUUGAUAAUGCUGUCUUGCUUUUGGCCAUGCGAAAGCCUCACUAAAAUAGGAGUGGGGCCACCAAAGUGGUCGGGUGGCAGAGGGAUCAAUGCUGCUUGCGGUACCCGAGCUGUUGAGCUAGACCAGUGAUGGGGAAGGGGCUGGUUGUCAAGAGGGAAUGAGUUUACCUUUCCUAUCUUUAUCUUCACUGAAAGCUAAGAAUUAAAAUAAUAAACUAAGACCAACUUGUCAGCAAAGUAGCUUUGGAAGAGCAGAAUUUGUAUUUGCGCUGAGGCAAAGUGCAUAAUCAGGAUGUUCUGCAGGGUUUGUGAAACUUCUCUGUCCCAAGACAGUUGCUGAGGAGGAUGAGCAUAUAACUUAUACUUGAAUCUACCUGCCACGUUUACAUUUCUGAUUGUCUUUUGUAAAUUGGUGCUAUUUCUGUAUUUAAAAAGCUGGUUUUUUUAAUGUAAAGCUGCUUCCAGUUUGUAUCUUUGCACUGCUAGUUUAAUAUAGAUAUUAAUUUUAUUGCUGUUUAUAACUGUUCUUCAGUGAUUAGGCAUCCUGCUUUUCCUGCUGUCUAGCCAUCUUUUUAGCUGUCUGCAUAUAGCUUUGCUCCAGUCACACUGUUGGGUUUAAUUUUUUUAUACUAUCUUUUAGCAAAAUAAUAAACUCUUACAGAAUAAAAAUGGAAUUAAAA